UAUUUUAUUUUGCAAUUUCCCUUCUAUUCCUAGUAUCAGUUUACUUAUUUUGUUCGAGUACAUAUAGCUCCAGUAGAUCCUCUCUAGCAAUAACAAUUGAAGCAAUAUAUGUUAAUUUAUUGCGCCAUCAUUGCUUUAUCAAUACAAACCGCCCGCUGCUCUCAAAAUGAUGCCCGUGGCACAAUCCCCAGGCGGAAAAUUACCGUUCUGAAGGACAAUCCCAAAAAACAAAACUAUGGACUAAAAUUUCUGGGAUUAUUUGGAGGUACCCUGAAAAGAUGGACCAAAUUAGUUGGUUGGUAGCUUCACAAUGUCGGCAUCUUAAUAAUCUGAAUAAGAGUGCUCCUACUGUGCCAUGUGAAAAACAUGGCUUCUAGGCUACUAUUAAUGCACAACAUGAAUGAUAGAUACGUACAGUAUAGAUGGUUGAGAAAUUGACUGGUCUCAUGACCCCCACCACUCUUUUGCUAUUUGGAGAAUGUUUUUGUUUCGAUAUGCUACGAUGUAGUGCAAUAAACGUUGAAAGUUAGGGUCCCAAGAGGGCAAGAGGCCAUGACAGUUACACAGUUGUCCUAUGGUUUAUUUUAUAGCUCUUUGCAAAUCUUUUUAAGCAACAAUAUAAUGUUAACCCAUUAUAGCAUCAACCCUGAUCCCCAUAUGACGAUCUCCCACAAGUUUCCUCCUCUAAUAAUCCUAUAUACACUACACCAUCAGACAACCUGCUUCGUCAUCUCUCAUCACACUCUUCUCAAAUUGCUAUAAAAUCUAGCUGCCAGCAUCCUCCUCCAUAUUGUCAACGCCAUGACACUAGCAGCGGCCUGCCUCCUAAAAGUUGCACAAUGGCUUGCCGUUGCAGGCGAGCCACUUCGUGCCCUCUGGCCAAUCCACCUACUCAUGCCCAUUGUUCUUCCAACUGUUGCAGCUACUGUCUACCUGGCAUAUCGCCCUAGAGCCACAUACCUUGUUGACUAUGCUUGCUUCCGGCCUAGCCCCAACUAUCGAUUCCCAAGGGCGGCCUUACUCGAGCAUGCACAUAUGUCGACCUUCCUUGCCGAUUCUACCAUUAACUUCAUAGCACGAGUUCUUGAGCACUCCGGUCUUAGUGAUGAGACUUGUGUUCCACCGGCACUUUCUUACAUUGAGCCAUAUUGUAGUCUGGAUGAAGCCCGCGCCGAGGUAGAACUGGUCGUCUUCUCAGUGGUUGAUGAUCUACUGGCUAAGACGAGGAUUGACCUUGAUACGAUUGACAUUCUGGUCACUAACUGCAGUGUCUUUUCACCGGUUCCAUCGAUUGCCGACAUGAUUGUCAGCAGGUAUAAGCUGCGAGGUGACCUUCGCGUCAUCAACCUCUCGGGGAUGGGUUGCAGUGCAACAGUAACUGCAGUUGGGCUUGCAAGGAACAUCUUGGAGGUCAUGCCUUUUGGAUCGCAAGCGCUAGUGGUGUCAACGGAGACCAUCGGACCCAACCACUAUGCGGGUAACAACCGCUCCAUGCAGUUGGUUAAUAUCUUGUUCCGCAUGGGCGGUGCAGCCGUCCUGUUAUCGAGUUCUAGGUCCAAGGCUAGGUUCCGCCUCACACAUGUUGUGCGGACGAUCACUGCUAGCGAUGACAAUGCCUACCGGUGCGUCUACCAAGAGGAAGAUGACGAGGGAAUCAAGGGCGCCAAUCUGUCAAAGAACCUCAUGGCUAUUGCUGGAGACGCUCUCAAGGCCAACAUCACGGCCAUGGGGCCACUUGUCUUGCCUACAUCAGAGCUGAUCAAGUUUCUUCUUGUCUCCUUGGCGAGGAAGGUGUUCCUUGGGAGGAGGAUAAGGCCUUACAUUCCCAAUUUCCGUACAGCGUUCAAACACUUCUGCAUCCACGUUGGUGGACCAGCGGUGAUCAGCUCGGUACAACGUGGCCUUAAUCUAUCCGAUGAGCAUGUCGAGCCUUCACGAAUGACACUGCAUCAAUUCGGAAAUCAGUCAAGUGCAUCUGUGUGGUACGAGUUGGGAUACAUAGAAGCCAAGGGUCGAAUGCUAAAAGGUAAUAGGGUCUGGAUGAUUGGUUUCGGAGCUGGAUAUGAAUGCAACUCCGCAGUGUGGGUGUGCAUCCGUACAUGUACAUCUCACGGUGACCAUGGGCCAUGGGCUAGUUGCAUCCAUCGAUACCCACUAGAUGUGCAGAAAUAAAGUUAACUUGACUAUACUCUCACCAAGAAGAUCACAGGCAACGCAAACGUACAAAAUUGAAACCAUCCAUUGCUAUCGACCAUCGCCAGUUUUCUGGAUUGUUUCAUUCUAUUCUUUUUGUUAUCAUUAAGCAAGAUGUGUAAGAUAAAUCGGAUGGGCUAGCUUCUGCAGCUUGGCUUUCUUAAGCAUCUGAAAACUUAGUUUGUAGGUGUCAUUCAUUUGUUGUGUGGUAUUUUGUUGAAAUAUUCUUAUGUACACUAAAUAUGUAUUCUCCAAAUAUUUUUCUUCAACUGCCAACUGUUUAACCAAUAGUUGUUCAGAUUAUUUUGUUCAUACACAAAAAUUUAGUAGAAUCCAGUUUCAUAUCAUGAGCUUUAACAUCUCUCAAACAAACCAGCGUAAUAAGAUAAACAAAUAUCAAGAAUUGAUUGUGCUCUUACAUUAUACGAUGCAAGAUGAGGUUAUUUACUUUUG